CUAUGCUAACUUAUCUGUAAAUUCUAGAUGUGACAGCAUGGGGGUGGACUUUGACGUGAAGACUUUCUGCCACAACUUGCGGGCAACUAAGCCACCAUAUGAGUGCCCCGUGGAGACUUGCCGCAAGGUCUACAAGAGUUACAGUGGUAUUGAGUACCACUUGUAUCAUUAUGACCACGACAACCCACCACCCCCGCAGCAGACUCCUCUCCGUAAGCACAAGAAGAAGGGGCGCCAGUCACGCCCAGCCAACAAGCAGUCACCCAGCCCCUCAGAGGUAUCACAGUCACCCAGCCGUGAGGUGAUGAGCUAUGCACAGGCCCAGCGCAUGGUGGAGGUAGACCUGCACGGCCGCGUCCAUCGCAUCAGCAUCUUUGACAACCUAGAUGUGGUGUCAGAGGAUGAUGAGGCCCCCGAGGAGGCCCCUGAGAAUGGCAGCAACAAAGAGAACACUGAGACGCCGGCUGUGACUCCCAAGUCAGGCAAGCAUAAGAACAAGGAGAAGCGCAAGGAUUCCAACCAUCACCACCACCAUAAUGCUUCUGCCAGCACCACUCCCAAGUUGCCAGAGGUUGUAUACCGGGAGCUGGAGCAGGACACCCCUGAUGCCCCACCCCGGCCAACUUCCUAUUACCGGUACAUUGAGAAGUCAGCAGAGGAGCUGGAUGAGGAGGUAGAGUAUGACAUGGAUGAAGAGGACUACAUCUGGCUGGAUAUCAUGAACGAACGACGGAAGACGGAGGGUGUGAGUCCCAUCCCGCAGGAGAUCUUUGAGUACUUAAUGGACCGGCUGGAGAAGGAGUCCUACUUUGAGAGCCACAAUAAAGGCGACCCCAAUGCACUAGUGGAUGAGGAUGCUGUGUGCUGUAUCUGCAAUGAUGGUGAAUGCCAGAACAGCAAUGUCAUUCUCUUUUGUGACAUGUGCAACCUGGCUGUGCACCAGGAGUGCUAUGGCGUCCCCUAUAUCCCUGAGGGCCAGUGGCUGUGCCGCCGCUGUCUACAAUCACCCUCACGUGCUGUGGACUGUGCCCUGUGCCCCAAUAAGGGUGGUGCCUUUAAGCAGACAGAUGAUGGGCGCUGGGCCCAUGUGGUGUGUGCCCUGUGGAUCCCUGAGGUCUGCUUUGCCAACACAGUCUUCCUGGAGCCAAUCGACAGCAUCGAGCACAUCCCGCCAGCUCGCUGGAAGCUCACCUGCUACAUUUGCAAACAGCGGGGCUCAGGGGCCUGCAUUCAGUGCCACAAAGCCAACUGCUACACAGCCUUCCACGUGACAUGUGCCCAGCAGGCCGGCCUUUACAUGAAGAUGGAGCCUGUGCGGGAGACAGGUGCCAACGGCACCUCCUUCAGCGUCCGCAAAACAGCCUACUGUGACAUCCAUACACCCCCAGGUUCGGCUCGCCGGCUGCCUGCCCUGUCCCACAGUGAGGGUGAGGAGGAGGAGGAUGAGGAGGAGGAUGAGGGUAAGAGUUGGAGUUCAGAGAAGGUCAAGAAGGCCAAGGCCAAGUCCCGGAUCAAGAUGAAAAAGGCACGAAAGAUCCUGGCAGAGAAGAGGGCAGCAGCACCUGUGGUUUCAGUGCCCUGCAUUCCACCACACAGGCUCAGUAAAAUUACCAACCGCCUAACAAUCCAGAGGAAGAGCCAGUUCAUGCAGAGGCUGCACAGCUACUGGACACUGAAGCGGCAGUCACGGAACGGGGUCCCGCUGUUACGCCGCCUGCAGACACAUUUGCAGUCUCAGAGGAACUGUGACCAAGUUGGGAGAGAUUCUGAGGAUAAGAACUGGGCCCUCAAAGAACAGCUCAAGUCCUGGCAGCGGCUCCGGCAUGACCUAGAGAGAGCUCGGCUGCUGGUAGAGCUGAUUCGCAAGCGGGAGAAACUCAAAAGGGAGACGAUCAAGGUCCAGCAGAUUGCCAUGGAGAUGCAGCUGACCCCUUUUCUCAUCCUCCUUCGCAAAACCUUGGAGCAGCUCCAAGAGAAGGACACAGGCAACAUCUUCAGCGAGCCGGUCCCUCUGUCUGAGGUAACCGAAUUGGACGAAGUACCUGACUACCUAGACCACAUCAAAAAGCCCAUGGAUUUUUUCACCAUGAAGCAGAACUUGGAGGCUUAUCGCUACCUGAACUUUGAUGAUUUUGAGGAGGACUUCAACCUCAUCGUCAGCAACUGCCUCAAGUAUAACGCCAAGGACACCAUCUUCUACCGGGCAGCGGUGCGGCUCCGUGAGCAGGGUGGUGCUGUGCUCCGCCAGGCCCGGCGCCAGGCAGAAAAAAUGGGCAUUGACUUUGAGACGGGCAUGCAUAUCCCCCACAACCUGGCUGGAGACGAGGCCCCACACCACACUGAAGAUGCAGCAGAGGAGGAGCGGCUGGUCCUGUUGGAGAACCAGAAGCAUCUGCCAGUGGAAGAGCAGCUGAAGUUGUUGCUGGAACGGUUGGAUGAAGUGAAUUCCAGCAAGCAGAGUGUGGGCCGCUCACGGCGCGCAAAGAUGAUCAAGAAAGAGAUGACAGCGCUUCGGCGGAAGCUUGCCCACCAGCGGGAAACUGGAAGGGAUGGGCCUGAGCGCCAUGGCCCUUCCAGCCGGGGCAGCCUGACACCUCACCCAGCAGCCUGUGACAAGGAUGGGCAGACAGACAGUGCCGCUGAGGAGAGCAGCAGCCAGGAGACAAGCAAAGGCCUGGGUCCCAACAUGUCCUCAACCCCCGCACAUGAGGUGGGCAGGAGAACCUCAGUUCUGUUCUCCAAAAAGAACCCGAAGACAGCUGGACCGCCCAAGAGGCCGGGCCGGCCCCCCAAAAACCGGGAGAGCCAGAUGACCCCCAGCCACGGAGGCAGUCCUGUGGGGCCCCCUCAGCUUCCCAUCAUGGGCUCCCUGCGUCAGCGCAAGCGGGGUAGGAGCCCCCGGCCCAGUUCGAGUUCAGACAGCGACAGUGAUAAAUCCACAGAAGACCCCCCAAUGGACUUACCAGCCAAUGGCUUCAGCAGUGGAAACCAGCCAGUCAAGAAGAGUUUCUUGGUAUAUCGUAAUGACUGCAGCCUUCCCCGGAGCAGCUCAGACUCUGAGUCCAGCAGCAGUAGCAGCAGCAGUGCUGCCUCAGACCGGACCAGCACAACACCCUCAAAACAAGGCAGGGGCAAGCCCUCCUUCUCUCGGGGCACAUUCCCAGAGGACAGCAGUGAAGAUACCUCAGGCACUGAGAAUGAGGCCUACUCCGUGGGUACUGGCCGCGGCGUGGGCCACAGCAGUAAGUACCCUCGCCCAAGGCCAGGGAUGCUGGGGCCCCAGUGUCCGGGCCUUACCAGCCCCCUGUCUGCUGAUCUGCCCCCUCUCUCCCAUUCCUGUGAAGUGGUAAGGAAGAGCCUGGGCCGGGGAGCUGGCUGGCUGUCAGAGGAUGAGGACUCCCCGCUGGAUGCUCUGGACCUUGUGUGGGCCAAAUGCCGAGUUUAUCCAUCGUACCCAGCUCUGAUCAUUGAUCCAAAGAUGCCCCGGGAAGGUAUGUUCCACCAUGGGGUUCCCAUUCCUGUGCCCCCACUAGAGGUGCUGAAACUUGGGGAGCAGAUGACCCAGGAAGCCCGAGAGCAUCUCUACCUCGUCCUCUUCUUUGACAACAAGCGAACCUGGCAAUGGCUGCCUAGGACUAAGCUGGUUCCUCUGGGUGUGAACCAGGACCUCGACAAGGAGAAGAUGCUAGAGGGCCGCAAGUCUAACAUCCGCAAAUCAGUGCAGAUUGCCUACCAUAGGGCUCUGCAACACCGCAGCAAGGUCCAGGGCGAGCAGAGCAGCGAGACCAGUGAUAGUGACUGAUACUGCCCAGCACAGCCCAAUCUACGGUGCCCUGCCACCUCUCUCCCCUUUGCUCGCUGUCCUGGAGUGGCACCGGCCUCUGCACUGACUCAUUCCUGGUCUUGGGGCCAGUCUCAGGGGAAGCUGGGUGGGGGAGGUCCCUCCUGCCCUGAGUGCAGCUGGACUGUACAGAACACUCCAAGGGCCCAUGGUAGCUCUGUGCAAAGAGAGGGGAGGUCCCACAGGCCAGAAAGCUCCAGAGACCUCACAGCAUUGCAGUGCAGGGUGGUGGGCCAAGGUUAGGACACUGCAUAAAACAGGCCAUCCCAUCACCUCUGCCUGCUCAUGCCAGGAGAAUCCAUAACUGCCUAGUGGCCUGAGGCCUGUGCAGGUGAUAUGGUGACCGGGCAUCCGCCCUGCCUAACAGUGGGAUUGAUGUCUGUCCAGCCUGGAAGAGGGGCACUAGGUGACCCCCUCCCCUGCUUUUGUAAAUACUGUAAUUAGUGGAGAAUUUAAAUUAUUCUCAUUUGUAACUGCGUUUCCGGUCGCGCCAGAGUCAUUUGGUACUAAAAAGACUGGGGCCUGUCCCCUUUCCCCUCCUUCCCAUAGAUUCCCCCACCUUUCAAACUGGUUUGUAUUUAUUUCAAAAGAAGAAAAUAUAUUGAUUCUUAGAAAAUAAA